AUGCUUCCUAAAUUCCAGAUCCCCCUAAGAUUUGAGGAUUUCUAUUCCCAUUCCUUUGUACCGGAUGCUCUAAAAAUUGACUAUGAAAUACAAAAUGAUAUCAGUCUGUAUUACAAUGUUACCGCUUUUCGACCAUUUCCGGGAAAACUGCUAAUGAACUUUUUCGUACGCAAAUUUAAUCGUAUAAAAGGUAGACCCUCGUUGAAUAUAAGGAAGCAAAGAAAUAUCGACUUUUGCAAAACUUUGGAUGUCUUAAAGAAUAUUACGAGAGAUAGUAUUAGCGGUACCUCAUUUAUACAGGAUACGUUUAUAAGUUCAUGCCCUUUAACCAAUGGUUUUUAUUAUAUACAAAAUGGUACAAUAUCUAGUAAUGUAAUACCUAAUAUUGUGGAUGACGGUCGAUAUUUAAUGCAUUUGGAAUUGAUACAGAUUGUUAAUGAAGUUAUAAAAUUAAUGAAUUUUCGUUUUGUCUUAGUGGUGGAUAAAAAUAACGUAGGAAUAAAUGCGGGAAUUUGA